CCGUCAUCAUCUGUAUCCGGGUGUGCACAAGUAAACAAACUGCAUAACGAACGGCAUUUAUUUUUAGGAAAAAGACCCCUAAGCUUGGUGACAAAAUGUGACAAAUGACACAAGAUGACAGAACAGCUUCUGAAGAUAAGAGUCCCACAGUCCAAACUGAGAAUACACAGAAAGAGCUAAAUGUGUCUUUAAGCAAGGAGACACACAAUGUCACGUAUGAGGACAACGAGGAUUUUCAGGAUCAAGACUCUUACUACAGUCGCUGUAAUGAGGAGCUGUUGAAGUUUUAUACGGAGGAAGAGUGCUGUGUGACGUUCAAUAACAACAUGAGUGCACUUGGAAAAGAGAACUGGUGUAAAAUGGAGAUGGUGUUAAGAAGCUACAACAAGCUAACUGAGUGUUUGGAGGUGAUAUCCAGUGUUUUAGGAUGCUUCUAUCCGAAUCGUGUGGUGGAGCAGCUGUUCGUCAGGAUACAUCAGCAGUACUUCAGCAUUUGUAGCGAUGAAGGGGAUUUAUCCGAUGCACCGGCUGGAGUCGUGCUCGUAGGCACACUGCUGCCCAUCCUCCUCAUACCCCUCAUAGUGUACAUUGUGGUCUGGAAGAGUAGUUUAAGGGACUGACUUAAGCAUUGAGUUAAAGUGAUCUUUCACUCAAAAAUAAAAAUGCUGUCAUCACUUGCUCACCCUUAUGUCAUUCCAAACCUGUAUGGAUUUCAUUCUUCUAAAGAAGAUAUUUAGAAGAUUUAUAUAUUAUAUAUAUAUUAUAUAUAGAAUAUUUAUAUAUUAUAUAUAAAAUUGUUGUCUGAAUAUUCUUACAACAUAACAUUCUUCAAAAUAUUUUCAUGUGUUUUGAAGCAGAAAAAAAUCAUACAUGAUUGAAACAACAUGAGGGUGAAUGAUGACCCCAGGUUUCAGUUUUUGGGUGCACUGUCCCUUUUUAAUUCAACUCUCAAGUGUACAAAGUUCAUGUACUUCAUGAUGUAAUUAUUGUAAAUAAAAGAGACUCAGUGGGUGUGUGAUUUUCUGCACACUUUAUGCCUAAGAGUCUGAUUUAUGAUCAUGAUAUAAAUAUAUUGUGACUCUGAACUAUUCAUUCUGAAAUACUCAAUGUGCAACUUGGUUACAACUGUAAACCUAAAAAAAAAAACAUUAAACAAAAUACUGGGGGA